GGGUGGAAAGUAUCACUUGAUAUAGUCAUUUGGAUUAUAUCGUAAAUCUAUUUACAUGCAUUAUACUCCCGGUUUUGUUCUAUUGAUGCUACCACUUGGUAUUCUUGGAAUUGUUAGAGAAAGACCACGAACAGUCACGUAUCAUGCAGACAUCUCCACAAAUUUCUACCCUCGAUUUGUCAAAACCGUCUUCGCAGAGGAAUCACAUAACUUUGAUGUGAUAGAAAAUAAGACUGGCAAAUUUUAUUUCAUUCAUCCCGAUACGCCAAUCGAAUUCGAAAAAUAUAAAUAUUACUGGAAUGAGUCACACGCUGAUUUGAAAGGAGUGAAAAAUCUUUGCGAAUAUCGUAUAAAUUGGAUGAUUGAUUCAAAAGAAAUGUAUGAGACAUUUUCCCCUGAAAAUACACAAAUGAAAUCAUUAUUUUAUCGUUGCCAUUUUGCGCAAACGUGCAUGGGAUUGGAAUGCAAAAUUGACAGCCGACUUUUUGUACCACCAAUAUUUCUUCUAAUUUUCAUUUCAAUCUUUUGGUGUUUCAAGAGAAUGUUACGAAGAGAUAUGAAACGUGUUGAGCGUCAGACAUCAUUCCACAUAAUGGACCCAACAAAUCCAGCACAUCGAUCUCCACCACCACCAUACAAUGCACAAAACUCUGCUAUACCGCCGCCAUACCAUAAUGCUCGACAUGGAAGAGUAUCUCGAUCAAAUUCUCAUUCUCGGUCAAGAUCAAAUUCACGUUCUUAAUCAGUGCUUCAAGUAUUUACCAGUUUAAAGACGUGCUUCUGUACAACACGUGCACGAGGUCAAAUACUUUCCAUAGAGCAUGUUUUAAACAAAAUAACGUUUUUGUGCUAACGGGUUGUUUUAUAAUCAGGAUUUGUUUAGUUUAGUUUAAAAAUAAAUAAUUGAAUUUGG